CCCGUCUCGAAAGUUCAAUGAAGGCAGACGCGUCCCUCCAGCCAGGAACAUGAAGGGGUUAUCGGGCAGCCGCUCCCAGCACCAAAUCCCUUUACCCUACGGCUUGGACUAUGACCCGCACGUCCAUGACGUCCACGCUCACCAUGGCGCUGAGUCACGUCACUCUUCCUACCUGCUCAGCCCCACAGAGAGCUGCCCCAUGGACUUCCACCACCGGUACUCCCCGCGGAGCUCUAUCCACUCUGACUGCAUGAUGAUGUCCCCCGUCAUGAUGCCCCCAGCUGCUACAUCUGACCACAUUUCCAGCAGCACCUUCCCAAGAAUGCACUACAGCUCUCAGUAUUACGACUCAGCCACAAGGGACGACUGCGCUGCCAUCACAGCCUCUGCCACUUCCCCAGCUGUAGCUGCUGCCGCCGCCGCCGCCGCCGCCUCCUCCCAUCUCUCUGGCACCAAGAGCAACCGCCUUCCUGCUAACCUACUAGACCAGUUUGAGAAACAACUGCCACUUCAUCGCGAUGGCUUCCACACGUUACAGUACCAGCGCACCUCCACCACCACUGAGCAACGCAGCGAGAGUCCUGGCCGCAUCAGACACCUUGUUCAUUCUGUCCAGAAGCUCUUCACCAAGUCCCACUCCCUGGAGGGAUCAUCCAAGAUGAAUGGCACAAAAGGUGAUAUGAUGGGAGGUGGAGGAGGACCAGGGGGUUAUCACCAUCAUGGCCACCACUCCGUCAAACAUGGUAGCAAGAGGAGCAAAAGCAAAGAACGAAAGCAACGCUCAGGUGGCUGGUGGAGCUCCGACGACAACCUGGAUAGUGACAGCACCUACCGCACACCCAGUGUCAUGUCCAGACACCACGGGGAACACGUCAGCCACUGCUACCCUGAUUCCAUGCACAGCCACCACUAUGGAGAUCUGUCACUCAAGACCUCUAAGAGUAACAAUGAUGUCAAGUGCUCUGCCUGCGAGAGCAUGGCCAUGGCACCCGAGGGCAAAUUCAUGAAGAGGAGCUCCUGGUCGACACUUACAGUCAGCCAGGCAAAGGAGGCCUAUAGGAAGUCAUCGCUUAAUCUAGAAAAACCCAUGAUGCAUACAGACCUCAAGCCUUCCAUGCGUACAUGUCACUACCUGCAGGUGCCCCAGGACGAGUGGAGCGGAUACCCAGGUGAAAACGACGAUGAGAUACCAUGUCGGAGAAUGCGUAGCAGUAGCUAUGUCAAAGCUAUGGGAGAAGUGGAUGAUGAAAGUGGUGACUCUGAGACCAGCCCUAAGACCUCCCCACAGAAGUCCAUACGGCCUGAUGCUCUCGUCCUCAAAUCAGCCAUGCAGAGACCCCAUUUAGACCCCCAAAGCCAGGGCUACCACUUGCAAACCAGGGAUAUGCGGCCCCACCCAAGUGUCACGCUGGACCCUGCCACUUUUCAUCCCCCACCCUUCCGGUCUCGCAACCAGAGCUACAUGCGUGCCGUCAGCACCCUCAGUCAGGCUAGCUGCGUCAGCCAGGUGAGUGAGACUGAGAUCAAUGGCCAGUUUGAGUCAGUUUGCGAGUCCGUUUUUAGUGAAGUAGAAUCCCAGGCCAUGGAGGCUUUGGACCUGCCUGGUUCGUUCCGCACUCGAAGCCACAGUUACCUCCGUGCUAUUCAGGCUGGUUAUUCCCAAGAUGACGACUGCUUGCCUUCAAUGACAUCCUCCACUGUCACUUCAACUCUCAGAUCCACAACAGAGGGAUAUGAUCUUUUGGAUGGGACCUCUUUACUAAAUGAAGACAUGAUAGAGGAUGAUGAUGGUGCUAGCUCCUCUGCAUAUGCAGAACUGGAGAGGCUGGAGAGAGAGACUGCUGCUGCUCGCAGCCACCACAGUACUAGCUCCACCGUAACAGCCAUCUCUGUCCCACCGGCAUCCCCGCCUUCAUACAGGGUCCCUUCUGCAUCACCCAUAUCCUCUGAGCCACCGGUCCCUCAGGCCAUCCAGGCCUUUAAAGAGUCUGCCAACAUGGUUGCUGCCUUCAACCUGCAAUGGAAGGAUGAAAUCUCGGCAAUGCGUUAUGAGCUGGCAGAGCUGCGUAGAGAUGUCUGUGGGGAAUUAAAGACUUUCAAUAGCAACUUCUUCAACUUUACUCAGUGCUAUAACAUGUGGACUUUGUGCCGGGAACCUUGCAGUGACAGCAUGACACAAACAGAUGACAGAGUCUCUAUAGGGAUCCAAGCAGGCUCAAGUUGGUCAGUUCGACAGAAUAAAGAGGACAAGUCAGUGAUGUGCCAACCAGAGCCAGCACCAUUCAGCAUUAUGGAUUUGAUGGAACCCCCCCGAAUUGAGAUCAUAGAGGGAACCCCUGAGACCACCCCAGAGGGGUCUGGCAGCCCUGCCAGCCCACUUCCAAUAGAGGACUUCCCAUGGGAGAUCAUCAAAAAGCAAAAGCCUCAUAAGCAGCCAGAAACAGGAUGCCACACAGGUGGACACAGGAGCGCCAGUCUAGAACUAUGGAGCAGAAAGUACACAAGCGGGCCCAUGUCAUAUCUGUCUAUGUCAUUCUAUGCGUUGAUUACCUGGGUCUGUCUUUCUAACACAAGCUGCUUGCUCCUUGCAGGGAUUCAGUUUCGUCUCCCUACUUCGUGCAGUGUGGACCGCGCUCAGCCACCUCCAGCGGUAUCAUUUCCUACCAGUUACAAGAAGACCCCACCUCCUGUGCCCCCGCGCACCACCACCAAGCCUCUUAUCUCUGUGACAGCCCAGAGCAGCACAGAGUCCACACAAGAUGCCUACCACGACGGCAGGCAUCCACGGGGCGGUCUGUGGACCACGGAUAGCCUUGGUCGUCCCAUCUACAGCUCCAUGGACAGCCUGGACAGCACCAAGGCGGUCACCAUGGCCAUGGAGUCAGCAGCAGGCAAGAGGCAUGCGUCUUUGGGCAGCCACACCUCUGUCCAGACGUGCGACAAAGCAGUGCUGGUGUCCAAGGCCGAGGAGUACCUCAAAACCCCAAGAUCCUCUAUUGGUAUACAGGUAGAAACUGUGACGGACUCUGAGACUGAAACUAAAGGCCUUCCUCAGUUCCAUUCUAUAGGGAUCCAGGUGGAGGAUCAUAAACGGCAUGGGAGGUUCAAGCGCUCAAACAGCGUGACCACAGCGGUACAGGCAGACAUGGAGCUGGAGGGCUUCCCCUCCAUGGAGGACAAGGGCCUGCAGUUCGGCGGUGGCUUUGGUCGCCACUCUGAGCCCAGCACGCCCACGCAGUACGGUGCCAUCCGCACGGUGCGCACGCAAGGCCUGUUCAGUUACAGGGAGGACUACCGGCCUUCCAGCGGACCCCCCAGCCCUCAGCCUGAACCCUGGCUGGUCGAACCCAGUCUGCAGGGCGCGGAAGCGGGCCGAGUCUCUCCCCUCCGCAGGGACGGCAGCUGGUUCAUGCAGCUCCUUCACAAUGAAACCAAACGGCUUGAAGGGUGGUGCAAAGAGAUGGAGAGAGAGGCAGAGGAGCAUGACCUGUCAGAGGAGAUCCUAGGGAAAAUCCGGAGUGCAGUUGGAAGUGCUCAGCUACUAAUGUCUCAAAAGUUUCAGCAGUUUUACUGGCUGUGUCAGCAGAAUCUGGACCCCAGUGCCAUGCCCAGACCCACAUCUCAGGACCUGGCUGGAUUCUGGGACCUCUUGCAGCUUUCCAUCGAUGACGUCACUGCCAAGUUUGAUGAGCUGCAGCAGAUCAAGAGCAACCAGUGGCGGCUGGUAGGGAGCCCAGAGAAGAAGGAGCGAAAGUGGCCCCCACCAUUGCCAAAGCGGCCAUCCAAGGGGCGUGGCAGCAUGAUGCGCGAGCGAUCUCUGGACCUUCAGGACCGCCAGCGACAGGAAGCUCGCAGACGCCUCAUGGCUGCCAAACGAGCAGCUUCUUUUAGACAGAACUCAGCCACAGAGAGGGCAGACAGCAUCGAGAUCUACAUCCCUGAGGCCCAGACGCGACUUUGA